AGUGCUGCACUAACUAUGUAUGGAAAAAACAUCUACUUUUCUUUGUAUCCCAGCACACAGUCCUCUCUGGAGAGAGUGCUUACUCUUCUGAAAUGACUGGAUUUUUCUCUUAGUCACUUCGUAAUUCUACAGACCCAGUCCUAACUAAGUAAGCCUUUCCCUUUUGGAAAAUCUUAUGACCACACAGAACCACAAGCAAGAAUCAGGCUGGCUGAGACUGCUGAUCAUUAGAACACUUGAAAUACCCUGCUCUCCUUGGAAGUUCUUAAUGGAAAUCCUUUAGGGGAAGAAUGGAAGUCAGAAGGCCCAGGAUAACUCCGAAAGAGCUGGUCCCUUUCUCCAGAAGAAGCCUCUAUUACCAGGCUCCACCGAUACUCUUACCGUGUCCUCCACACCAGAUUUCACCACUGUGGAAACAAAAUAAUAGGUCCGCGAUAAAGCAGAUGUCCCGCAUCAAUCACUUCUCCAGAAUCAUUAAACAGUCAUCCCCUCCCUGCUCCUGGACCAAAACAUCACCUUCACCAUGGCUCCAGCAUCUAAUUAGAGUUCCACGGGCGCCUCACACCUAUCACAAGACAACGGUAACACCAUUAGGCCAUCUUCAUCACAAGGCUACAGCUAAGUCACCUACACGCCACAGAGAGCAUCCAGUGGCUUCAGCCAAGCCUUUUCCUAGGGCCAAUACUGGGAGCAGUAAAACUGAGGGGUCAUUAAAAGCUGAUAAACAACAUCUUACGCUUCUACUUAGCUCCAAACAUCAGCCUGAGUCUCCAUUGCUCCCUGAUCACCAGACGGUGGAUUCUUUAGAUCUUUGCGGUCAUUUUCCUAAGACUAACCGAUGCUGUGAUCAACCAGCUGAGAAGCUACCAACCUUCAAUCAGAAGCCCCUAAUUCCACCAUUCCCCAAUUACCAAACCACUGAGGAUCCACCCUGUGAGGAUCAUGGGGCCGAAGCUGAAGCUAUCCCCAGUACAUUCCCUGACUCCCAGGACCCGGCCACACCUGCCACAACGAGCCCUGGGCAUCAGGAUGAAACUUCACUGAAGUCUAGGCAGAGUUUUGUCAACUUGAAGCAUGUCAUAAUCAUACCAUCUUGUGAUGACCAGUAUUAUACUUGGGCUACAGCUUUUGAGUCACCGAGUGAAGUCCAACAUUCUAAAACAUCACAUCCUUGCCUACGCCAUAAGGAAACAGCAUCACAGUUAAGAUGGGCUAGCCAUCAAAUACCCAGGUUCCUGGGUGUCACUCCAUCACAUCUGGAUCAAAGAACUAGAGCUACAUCAGCACCCGGCCCUAAGAAGCAGGCUGAGAAUAUACUGGCCCCCACUGCCCAAACCUCAUUCCCAAUGGAGGUAGAAUGCUGGGAAAUGACACCAUCAAAGACAGACCACCAGGCUGCAGUUGUAACAGGCCAGGAUCAUGGAGCAACAUCUCCACUAGUCUCAGAUCCCCAGGACAAAACUUUACCUGGUCUUGACUCCCUGGAUACCUCUCAACUGAACCUUAAUCAGGAAUUUGAGCAUUGGAAGGUGAUGCCAGCAAGAACAAGCCACCAUGCUGCCACACAAACAGGUUCAGAUUAUGGAAAAGUGCCUCCACUGGACACAGAGGAAAAAAUUCUACCUGGCCUCAAUCAUGAGGCCACAACUCACACCAGCGCUCACUGCCAGGCUAAGGAUAUAUCAAACCUGAUUUCUCAAGGUGAAGUCGAUGUUUCGACUCAAACAGAAGAGUACUGGGAAACACUGUCAUUAAAAACAGAUCACCAAAGCACAAUUCAAGACCAGGAUCAUGAGACGAUGCCUCUUACGAGCUCGGUCUCCCAGGAUACAACUCUCCCUGGCUUCCACCAGGCACCAUAUCCACCUGACUGUGAUUACCAGCUGGAAGCUGCUCCAGACCCCAACACUCAGGCUUCAUUUCCACCAGGCUACAUAAAAUUGUCAGGGGAUCCAGAACACCAUGUCACACCUAGCCUCAACACUCUACCCAAUCAUGAAAACCAGGGUAAGUCUGUAUCAGACUCCAUUGAUUACAGGCAAAAUCACACAUCUACAAUUCGUCUGAAUGAUCAGGAAACAGUGCAACCAAGACCCAGUUGUAGGACUAGAUCUCAGCCAGGUCAUAGCCAUCAGACACUAGAUUCUAACCAUCGAGACCAGGUUCAAAAUGGGCUCCGACAACGGGCCCAGACUGUACCCAAAAGACAAGAUCCACGGGGUUUUAACUACAUCAAACCAUAUGUUAUUGAGGGGGGCUCUGUGCCUGCUAAAAUUGUUCAUGCCGUCAUCAAUUCCAUUCCUCAGGAGAAAAUAAAAAAAGACCUCAGCAAGAAGAUUCUCUUGUGGAGGACUGGGAAAUCUCCAACUCAUUGGCCCGAUCAAGUAUUUUCCAGUAAUUAUAUGGUCUGUUUAGUUUGUGCCUCCUGGAUCCCAUAUGGCUGUCCCCAUGCACAAAAAACAAAAUAUCGAUGUGUAACAAAACUGCUGGCCAUACCAAUACUGAUGCCUGGUUCUAAGCAAAAGCUAAAUGUAAAAUUUGUCUUCCAAGUGCCCCAGACAACAGCACGCAACAUUUUCAGCCUCCCAUAUACCCAUUAUUGUUUGCAAAAGCCCUUACACCACCUGUCAGCCUUUCCUACAUCUUCCCAUUCAGAUCCUGUACUUGCUGAGCCUGCAAAGAAAAAGUGGCUUCACCUCAUCCUUGGCAAGAAUCACCAACAGCCAUACAUGAAAGAAAUGCCCAGGAAGAGACGAAGGAGCACCAGAGGGGGCACAAGGGGAUUAAAACAGAGAGGAAAUUAAACAACCAUUUUUCUUCUCUUUG